UCUUGAUAGGGAUGAUGUCUACAACUUUAACUUAAGUGGAUUUGAUGAACCUACAAUAAAGCUUGGAAUUCAAGAAUUUCAUCUUACUAAGUUGGAAGCUACUAAGAUGGAAGUGACUGCAGAUCUUUCAAAGAAAAUGAAUCACGAUACUCAAAGAAAAAGCAUAAGCCAAAAGAGGCAAAGCAAUAAGAAUAAGACUAAUAGAAACAAGAAACAUCUUUUUAGUGACACAGAUACAGAAUAUAGAGGUGAUGACACUAAAACAGAUAUUAGCUGGCUAAGAGAGUCCAACAGAAAGCCUAAACCCCAACUUAUAGAUUAUAGCAGAAUGAAAAAAAAGAAAAUUAAAAUUCUGGAAGCAAAGAAAACUUCCCCACCCAGGAGUAUGAGGGGAACAUUUCAACAAAAUGAAACCAUAAAAAAUACGAAACCAAUUUCUAAAAACCAAAGUGACAGUGAUAGAGAAGAAGAAGCACGACGUUCCAGACUGAAGCCAAAGAGAAAAGCAGCACUAGCCAAAAAAAGUUAUAAAGAAUUCUCAGAUUCAGAGAGUGGCAUAGAAGAAGAAUCUUCUGAAAACCUAGUUAAAAGAGGCACUUUAAAAGAAAAUCCAGAACCUAAAAGUAUAAAAACAAAAGCAGUUAAUCAAUCAAAGGCACAGCAGAAUAUUUUUUCCAGUGAACCACCUAAAGGAAAUUUGGUAAACCAACAUAAAAACACUGCUAUAUCAAAUGAUUCAGGAUCAAAACAAAAAAUGGAAUUAUCAUCUCUACCUUCAUUUGAAAGUCCACCUUCUCUUGAGAUAAUGAGAUGUUGUGAGGAGUACAGAGAGGAACAAUCUACUGAAGAACAUAUAUCACCAGGAAGAUCAUCGUUAUCAUCUUUGUUAACAUCUGAAAAAGAGUUUAUGUCUGAAAAGGAGAAAUCUUUAGGUGAUACUAAAAAUGCAUCUGAUGUAGAAGAAAUUAAUACAGAAAGCAAACAAUUAAAGAAGCUUUCAGAAAACAGCAGAAAGCUGGAAUUUGAAACUGAAGAUUUGUCACCUGCUUCAAGCUCAUCUUCUUUGCCCAGACUUAGUCCCUUAAAUACAGGGGGAAAAUUAACUAGUAACCAAGAUGCAGAUGUUACUAAAGUUCAAAAGAAAAUAUGUGAUAUUGGUGAACCAGUGAACAUAAAGCAUUACUCUUUAAACAAAUCAUCUGAUAUAGAACUAGAAAUAUUUUCUGAAAAUCUCAUGAAAAAUAGAGGAAAGGCUUCUGUAUCGGUAUCUCAGUCAUCUACUCCCAGAAAAAGCAAAGAAAACUUAUGUCAUGAAGAAUUUCUUGCUCACAUUCAUGAAUCAGGGCCUACAGUAUAUACUAAUUUCAAGAGGUUGUAUCAAGAGGACACUGAAGCUGAUUCUGAUGAAGAAGAAAUCAGAAAAGAAAAAACAAAAAGAAAGCUACUUCCUAGAAAGCUGUUUAAAACUGAAAAUAACACUUAUAAAGUUUCUGAAAGUACGUCUACUGUAUCUGUAAAUGACAUAUCUGUAUUUGGUGGAGAUGGCUGGGAUGCUGACAGUUCAAGUAUAGGAAUGAUUUAUCAGAAGUUUCAUAAAGAGCUUUCUAGAAAAAUCCAGGGAUCAACAGCUGGAAAAUCUUCAUUCUCAUCUGAUUAAAGAGAUUGAAAGUUUUGAAAGAGAUUCACAAGCAUUAAGGAAUAUGGAAAAGGAAUUUUCAAACUUUUCAAAGAAGCAAUGUGAAGCAUAUAGCACAUACAACAAAAACGAGCAACAGAGGCUCCAGAAUCUUAAAACAUCGUUCAAAAAGAACAUUUAUGAUACAGCUGACUGCGAGGAAUUUGUUUUUACUUCUGAGAUGCAUCAAAUGAAAGCACAUUUGAAGGGAGUCCAAGAAAGAUUUCUUAAGGAAAUGCAUGAAGAGGAAUUGCUCAAUGUUCGCAAAGGUCUCCAGUCACUUUUUAUGGACGAAAGCCGACAUUUCUAACAUAGUAAAAGGGUGUGUAUGUGCUUACUAUGCAUUUUGUAAUUAGAUUGACCCCAUAAUUUAGGAAUGGAACAUUUACUAGUUGCUUAAAUCUCAGCAUAGACAGCAGACAGUUCUUAUAUGAAAUCUUUUCACUGUUUCUAUGAUUUUUGUAGAUAAGAGGGGUAUUUUUGCAAUUUCUUAAAAGCCAUUGGAAUAUUUUUUUUAGUCAUAGAAGGAUAUAAUCCGUAGGGGUGCCAUCAAACAAAGCAAGGGCACAAGUGAUGAGGAAGUUGGGGCCGGUGGUUAAGAUCCACAAAUACUCCACUGAAGAGCAGUAGGAAAGAGGGAUUAGAGAAGGAAUAGUUUUAAAUGUAGGACUUGCUCAUUCCACUUAGAUGACACCAUAAACAAGGCAGAUUUCAAUUAGCAUGAAAUAACCAAGGAAGCCAAUGAGAAUCAAAGAUUGCAGACUUUGUAUGCCAAUCUGUUCAAGCUUGGUGAACAUUAGCAGCUACUACAUUUAGAGUCUGCUAAGAUGCACUGCUGGUGAUCAAUUUCUUAACAGGCUGUUAUGGGAACAUGUCCCUGAUUGAGAGUGAGGUAGUCUGAGCAUCUGCCCCAAAGUAUGAUGGCACCAAUGGUUGGAUCCAGAUGUAGUUGUGCUUACAACAGACAUUUAAGUUUAAUUUGCCCCAUUGAUUUGAAUAGACCUACAUAUGAGUAAUCCGGUUUAGUCUUUGAGUAUGUUACUAUCUGCCACUGGAAAUAGUAGCAGUAAUGUAUGCAUUGUGAAAUUCAGGUUGUAAUUAGAUUUUUCUUUUGCUAUUAAAAGCAAAUAAAAUUAUAUUUGUGCAUAUUUUAUCUACAUUAUCUACAGUAUAUGAUUUUAAGUACAAUUUUUAUAGUCAAACCUUUUUAACAUCUCUUAACUGUAUUGGAAAUGGUUAAAAUAAUGGAAUUUUGUUAUAAAGAUUAAACUAUUUAUUCAAAAGACUGAUAAAACUUUCAAAGUAUUUGUUAUUGUUGUAACAGGAAUUUUUUCCAUGUUGCUAUUUUUAUUUUCUGGCUGAAGCAUCUGUCUGCAGAUACUCUCUUAGAGACACUUACCUGGAAAUAAGUGCAGAACUGUAUUUCUAAAUGAACAUAUGUAAGAUAUAUCUGCAUCUUUUCAUGAGUUCAAUAACUUAUACAGCAAUGCAUGAUCUGAAUAAUGUACUAUGGGGUCCACUUUGAAGAAAGAGCUGUUAAAAUAAACAAUGUUGUACUUGAUUUUGAUAACAUUCCAUAUCUAAGAUUUUAAAAUACUCAACCCAUGCACAUAUUCUUCAGAGUAGAGAUCACAUAAUAUCUGCUAUAAUAAUGAAACUUAUCUGUUUGUUGAUGACACAGCCAAACUUAUCUAUUUGUUGAUGACACAGAAUGUCAAAGGGGACACCUUUGGUAUCUUUUCUAACAUAAACAAUAAAAUAGUGGCUUGGGCCAUCUUCCUUAUUUGUCAAAUAAAAA